CAAGCUCUCUGCCUGAAUCCAGCCCAUUUUUCUCAGUUUUUCCCUCUAAAGCAAAAUCACAUGAUGUGUAUUUUGUCAUAUGAUACUGAUGAGAGGACCUGAUCCCACUUCGAGCGAGCGUCACUGACGUCCUUUGAGAAAAAAAACAAGGACAAGUCGACCACUUGUUUGUCAGGGAUGAGAUGCUGUAGCCGGACACUGUUUGGUGGAAGAACUCGAUAAUCUGUGGAGGAUGGCCCGCCGGGGACUUCUGCCUGCGAUAUGCGCCGCUUAUUUACUAGGCAUGGUGCUGAGCCAGACCACACUCACUCCGGCCGUGACGAACACAACUCUCAUCGAGAAUGUGACCAGUCUGACUAUAACUCCCGUGAUCCUCAGCAGCACAACCCCGGGCUGCUUUGCAUUCAACAUUUCUACUUGUGAGCCCUGUGCACCAGGAUCCCAGUACGACAACAACACACUGAUGUGUGCGUGCUGUGCCAACCCCGGGCUGUGUCUAUUUCCUGGAGCCUGCCUCCCAUGCACAACAGGGUUCUAUCAACCACAAGCUGGACAGCAGCAGUGUCUGCCCUGCAACCGGGGCUUCUACACAAAUUUCACUGGAAGUCCGUUAUGCCACGCCUGCCCUCCUGGAUCCUUCAACAACAACACCGGAGGAGAGAGUUGCACAAGUUGUUCACCAGGUUCCUUCUCAUCGCAGCAGAGUUCCACUUCAUGCACACCAUGUGGACUGGGAACUUUUUGCAACUCCUCUGGCUGUCCCACCUGUGAGACGUGUCCCGGAGGAACAGAAGCUCUACAAACCUCCACUCAAGUGUGCACACAAUGUCGGCCAGGCAUGUUCAAGGCUUCCCAUCAGACUAUGUGUCAGAUCUGCAGCAGUGGUUUCUAUCAGAUUCACUGGGGUCAGGAGAACUGUGACGUGUGUCCGGAGAAUCACUACUGCCCCAGUCCAGAUGUGAACCCCAUCAAGUGUCCCAAUGAUGCUUUUUGUCCGGCGGGCAGCUUGGCUCCAGGAUACUGCAUGGAGACUUUCUUUCGCAAAGCUGGGGACACAUGUGAACUAGCUCCUGUCACUAUCGCUCUUUUAGUUAUAAGUGGAGGAGCUCUUCUCUUCAUCAUCUUAAUGGUACUACGCAGACGGAGAGACACUGACAGAGAGCUGAAUGUAGCUCGAGCUCCGUUACUACGCAAAGAGCGGCCGCAGGGCCGAUAUUACGGGAUCCCGUGUGAUGCAGAGCCUGUGUACGCUGGCUGGUGAACCAAAGGACAUUAAAUGUAGGAUAAAACCGAGUGAAUUCUGGAAACGGAUUCCAACUGAAGACAAAGAACUUAUAGAAGAAGAUUUUUUAUGUGGUACAUUUGAAUAUAUAUUAUUGAGAAAUGGACGUUGACUGUUUUGUGACUUGUUGUAGUCUGACACUGUUACAGCCGUUCCACUCAGAGACGAACACUCUGCUUGUGUAAACUAGGUUAUUAGAUUAUGAGAGGUAUGUAUGCUGGGCUGCUGAAGUCGAGAUGUGCGCCUCAGCUGGGUGGGAACUUCUCUCUUAUGAAAAGCACUUUUUAAAAAAAAUAAGUAAUUGAUUUACUUUGCACUCGUGUCUCUGCUGACAUGUGGGUGCGUCCAUUAACUACUGAAAGUACCAGAGAGGUGUGAUGUGUGGAUGGUACCUUGUGUUUAUUUAAUACGUUUGAUUACAGUGCCGUGUGGUCUGUAGUCACAAUGGUACAUUUGCUUUAAUGUUUUUCAUUUGCUUUUUUAAAAAUUAUAUUUGUAUGUUUUAAAGGAAAAUAAAUAAAAAUGAUUAAUUACUUAUUA